GCGGUUGUUUGUCGAAUCGCAUGUUCCGUUAUGGUAUCGUAGGUUAGUCUGCCGAAUAUAACGCAUCCGCGCGUUAUGUGUUCAUGCAUGAUUAAUUAAUAAUUGCAACGUUACUAUUUUGCGUAUUCGACAUCGAUAAUCACUGAUUGUCUCAUUACACGACGUUACGUGCUACAUUUACGUUUUAAUUUACCAAAGAAUCAGAUUUGUCACACUGCAAUGGCAGCGAAAGUGGCAAAAAGAGCACCGCGUAAAAAAGGCGGUUAUCAAAUGCCCGAAGCGAUACAGCCUGGAGAAGUUCUUACGGAUAUAUCGAAAAAACAAUGGAUUCUUGGCAAGUCGAUCGGCGUUGGCGGUUUCGGCGAGGUUUACUCUGCAGCAUCAUAUUCUGGGAAUAUUCCAAAAGAUUAUUCCAAUGUUAUAAAAAUUGAACCACAUGGAAAUGGUCCAUUAUUUGUAGAAAUGCAUUUUUAUAUGAGGAAUUGCAAGCCAGAUGAAAUUGAUAGUUGGCAAAGAAAGAAAAAACUUGCCGUGCUUGGAAUGCCUAGAUAUAUUGCUUCUGGAAGUCAUGAGUAUAAAAAUACAAAAUAUCGAUUUUUAGUAAUAGAUCGAUAUGGGACAGAUUUGUGGAAAAUUUUUGAAGCAAAUGGUAGACAAUUUCCAGAACAUACAGUAUAUAAACUAACUUUGCAAAUAAUAGACAUAUUAGAAUAUAUUCACCAUAAAAAUUAUGUACAUGCUGAUAUAAAAGGUGAAAACUUAUUAAUGGAUAUACAAUCCUAUGAUCAAGUUUAUUUAGUGGACUUUGGCUUAGCUUCUCGCUGUACAACAAGCACUGAAUUAAAAAUGGAUCCAAAGAAGGCACAUAAUGGAACUUUGCAAUAUACAAGCAGAGAUGCCCAUAUGGGAGUGCCAACACUGCGUGGUGAUAUUGAAGUUUUAUAUUACAAUAUGAUUCUUUGGCUAUGUGGUUCACUUCCGUGGGAAAAAUUAGCUGAUAAAGUUAAUGUUCAGAAAGAGAAGGAAAAAGCUUUCGGAAAUAUAAAUAAUUUUUUAGACAAAUGUUUUCGUGGAUCAGUUCCACAAGUUAUGCAUAAAUUUAUAACUUUAUUAAGCAGCAUGAAAUUUAAUGAAACACCAUGUUAUGAAAAAUUUAAAGACAUAUUAAUAACUGGUUUAAAAAAACUAAAUCACAAACCAGAUGGAAAAUUAGGUUUGAAAAACACAUCCACUCAAAAGAUUUCUACUAAAUCUACGCCACAGAAAGCAAAUAAACUAGUAGAACGAAUUAGAAAAAGUCCGCGUUCGAAACAUAUAUCUGGUUUAAGUCCUAUGAGAGAAAAUCCAAGAGAAAGUACCAUAGGUGUUGUGAUUGAUAAAAAGCGUGGUAAUAAGAAAGACAUUAAGAAGGUAUUAGAAGAUAUAGAUCCUGAUGGUGAAUAUGAUAUUAAAAUUGUUCAAAAAACAAAAAAAUUAGAAUCGAUUGACGAAAUGCCUAAGGCAAUGGAGAAUGAAACUGCAUUGAGUAGUAAAAAAAAAAUACGAGUCAAUCAUAUUGAUGAUGAUUCAGAAAACGAUUCAAUGGAGCCGUUGAUAAAACGUCCACAUAAAGUAAGACAGAAGAAACCAACCACGAAUGAUAAAACAAGACAGAAAGUUAUGUCUUUGGGUAAUUCGACUGCUUCUGAAACCGAGCCUGAGAUUGUGCCAAAAGGAACGAGAUCAAGACCUACUUCUUCUAAAAGGAAAGUAACUACCAAGAAGACAUUACAGUACCGUAAACCAACACUGCCUGAAACUGAAUCGGAAGAUGAUAUAUUUGAUAUGUAAUUCUUCGAAUUAUAGUAGUAUCGAACACACAAAGUAGUUGUGAGAAGUGGACUAUAAAAAAAUCCGUAACUACGUAUCUUUUAUUUAUAUUUUUGUACGUGAUUUCUUAUAUAUUAAACAUUAAUGAUCAGCAAUAUUAUCCAGUGAAUACUAAGUAGCAAUAACACAAUACUAAUGUUACAAUAUCUCAUUUAACAAUAUAAUUGUUAUUUGACGCGGGUUGUAUAAGUUACAUUGUUAAAUGGAACAUUCACGUUAUGUUGCUGUUACUUGAUAUUUAUUGGAUACUGUCUGUGUAUCGAACAUUAUAUUUAGGUCAAAUUCUUGUAAAUAUGUGAAUAUUCAUUUUUUCUGGAAAUAAAUACAUUUUGAAUCAAAUGCAUCGUACUAAUUGUUCGAUACUAAUUUAGUAUACAAUAAAAU